AUGGUCAAGCUCACUGAGGUCGAAGAUGAGCACUUCACUACAGAGAAGCCUGUCCCUUCGAAGGACUCGUUGCUCGUGUCGGAUAAUGAGGACGAUGAUGAUUACACUGAUACCGAAUCCGAAAUUUCAGUAGACUCGGCCUACGACGGCGAAAGCGAGACUCUGUACCAGCGCAUUGUCGCCCUCAAAGAUAUGAUCCCACCACAGUCCCGUCGCCGCAUCGUCGGCACCGUCUCGAGUCUCACCAGCUUCACAAAAUCUACCUUUUCGUUCAGCGGAAAGGCGCUCUGGGUGAUUAGCACAAGUGCUUUCUUGCUGGGUGUUCCGUGGGCGCUGGCUUUUGCCGAGGAGGAGCAGUACGUGCAGAUGGAGAGGGAGCAGGGGAUGAUGAGGGGUGCUAAUGAGAUGCUCACUCCUGGCGCCGACGCUGCUGCCGCUGCUCUUGGCGCUGCCAACCCUGAGCAGAAAUCUCAGGCUGCUCUGUAA